CUAAUUCUAAGGAUCAUGGACAUUGUUUUUCAACCAUAGAUUUUUUUUCCCCCUUUCUUAAAUUAUUAGCUCUUGUCUCUGAUUUUACUAUCUGCUUACUUCCUGCCCACUUAACCAAUCGACAGGGAAGAGAGUAGCAAGAGGUAACUGUUUUUAUGUUAAGUGCCUUUUCAGAGUCUAAUUUACAGCCAAGAACAGCAAAAGGACCCCUUGGCUUUGUGCCUCUGCGGCGCUCUGGAGACUUUCUCCCUGCUCCCUCUUCCUUUCCGAGAAGCCGCGUUCAGUCGUUGAACUACGUUUCCCAGCGUGCCGCGCGGCCGAGAGCGUGGGCUCGACCAGUCCUUGCUCUUUGCCUAUCAGCUCGUCGCAGCGUGAUGAUGUAAAUGCGUCGGGCACUGGUGAGUGACGACAUUCUGGCUCGCGACCGCAGCAGUCGCCUUAGCAGCGGUAAUAGGCGCAACGGCGGCGGCGGCUGCAGAGACGACGACGACGACGGCGGGGCGGGCGCUGUGCGCACAGGGGAGGGGUAGGCGGGCGGCGCCAGCGGCUUCAACUGCGGCAGCUACGGCUAGGGCGACGGAAGAACCCCCACCAGCCGGCGGUCGAGUUAGGCCUCAGCAGCGCCGGGAGCUGUUCGCGCUGUCCUCUGCGGAAGAUCUCCAUAGAGACCGUGACAUACACAGAGGCGGGGGUCCGCAGAGGCGGCCGGACCGGAGCCAGCUCCUUGGCCUCUGCGGCCGCCACCCCCUUCCCGGCUGCCAGCACUCACCCUCUGUCUCCGCUCCUGCUCUCAACCUCGCGGUUCCUGGGGUGCCUGUGCCCACUGUGUGGACAGCGCGGGCGGACUUUUGGGCCGGGGCCGGGCGGGGGGGCGCUCUAAGGCCUCCGCCUCUGCCUCUCCCGCCCCCUUACCCGCCCCGGAGCGGGAAGCGGCGGAGGCUCCGCCAUGGCCUCAGGAGCCGGAGGAGUCGGAGGGGGCGGUGGCGGCAAGAUCCGGACGCGGCGUUGCCAUCAGGGGCCAAUUAAGCCUUACCAGCAGGGUCGACAACAGCACCAGGGCAUUCUUAGCAGGGUUACAGAAUCUGUUAAGAAUAUUGUGCCAGGGUGGCUACAAAGAUACUUCAACAAGAAUGAAGAUGUGUGCAGCUGUUCAACAGACACAAGCCAGAUUCCACGCUGGCCAGAAAAUAAAGAGGACCAUCUGAUAUAUGCCGAUGAGGACAGCUCUAACAUUACUGAUGGGAGAAUUACACCUGAGCCAGCAGUCAGUAAUACAGAAGAACCUUCAACAACUAGUACUGCUUCAAAUUAUCCAGAUGUGUUAACAAGGCCUUCUCUUCAUCGGAGUCAUCUGAAUUUCUCCAUGUUGGAAUCCCCUGCAUUACAUUGUCAGCCAUCUACAUCCUCGGCAUUCCCAAUUGGCAGUUCAGGAUUUUCCCUUGUAAAGGAAAUUAAAGAUUCUACCUCGCAGCAUGAUGAUGAUAACAUCUCAACUACCAGUGGUUUUUCUUCAAGAGCUUCUGAUAAAGAUAUAGCUGUUUCAAAGAACACUUCAUUGCCACCUCUGUGGUCCCCAGAAGGUGAACGUUCUCACUCACUCUCACAGCACACUGCCACCAGCUCAAAAAAACCAGCAUUCAACUUGUCUGCCUUUGGAACACUUUCCCCUUCACUUGGGAAUUCUUCAAUCCUCAAGACCAGUCAGCUUGGAGAUUCUCCUUUUUAUCCUGGAAAAACAACAUAUGGUGGGGCAGCAGCUGCUGUAAGACAAUCUAAACUACGAAAUACACCUUAUCAGGUAGGUUCCAGUAGAAGGGUUGAUGACCUUUUUCUUUUACUACUCCCCAUCUAUUCUAAUAGUAUUUUCUUUUUUCAGCCUCUUGAUAGGAGUGGGAUAGAUGUCACAGAUUUUCAGGCCAAAAGAGAAAAGGUGGAUUCUCAAUAUCCUCCUGUUCAGAGACUUAUGACCCCAAAGCCAGUUUCCAUAGCAACAAAUCGAAGUGUUUAUUUUAAACCCUCUCUGACUCCGACUGGUGAAUUCAGGAAGACUAAUCAAAGAAUAGAUAAAAAGUGCAGUACUGGAUAUGAAAAAAAUACGACACCAGGACAGAAUAGAGAACAACGAGAAAGUGGCUUUUCAUAUCCAAAUUUCAGUUUGCCUGCAGCCAAUGGUUUAUCUUCUGGAGUAGGUGGUGGAGGUGGCAAGAUGAGACGAGAAAGAACACGCUUUGUUGCUUCUAAAGCUCCAGAGGAAGAGGAAAUGGAAGUUCCAGUAUUACCGAAAAUCUCUCUACCGAUCACCAGUUCUUCACUGCCUACCUUUAAUUUCAGUUCCCCUGGGAUCACAGCUUCCUCUCCAUCACCCAUCAGUUUGUCUCAAUCAUUAACAAACAAGGUACAGAUGACCUCUCCGAGCAGCACUGGCAGUCCCAUGUUUAGAUUUUCAUCUCCAAUCGUAAAAUCUACUGAGGCAGAUGUACUACCUCCAUCAUCUAUUGGAUUUACAUUUAGUGUGCCUGUUGCAAAAACAGCAGAACUUCCUGGUUCUAGUAGUACCCUAGAACCAAUGUUAAGUAGUUCAGCUGAAGAUGUGACUGCAGUGAAUAGUACAAGUUGUAAGAGGACAUCACCUGAAGAUUGUGAGGGUCCUUUUAGACCUGCAAAAAUCCUGAAAGAAGGAAGUGUUCUAGAUGUUCUAAAGAGCCCUGGCUUUGCAUCACCGAAGAUAGAUUCUCUUGCUGCUCAGCCUACCACAACAAGCCCAGUAGUUUAUACAAGACCAGCAAUAAGUAGCUUUUCUUCGAGUGGAACUGGCUUUGGGGAAAGUUUAAAAGCUGGGUCAUCAUGGCAGUGUGAUACAUGUCUACUCCAGAACAAAGUUACAGACAACAAAUGCAUAGCCUGUCAAGCAGCAAAAUUGUCACCCAGAGAUACUGCUAAACAGACUGGAAUUGAAACACCAAAUAAAAGUGGCAAAACAACUCUGUCUGCAUCAGGAAUAGGCUUUGGAGACAAGUUUAAACCAGUGAUAGGCACUUGGGAUUGUGAUACCUGUUUAGUGCAAAAUAAACCUGAAGUAGUAAAAUGUGUAGCCUGUGAAACACCAAAACCUGGAACUGGUGUGAAGCGAGUCCUUACGUUGACAGUGGUUUCUGAAAGUGCUGAGACUAUGACUGCUUCAUCUUCUAGCUGCACUGUGACCACUGGUACCUUAGGAUUUGGAGAUAAAUUCAAAAGGCCCGUUGGAUCUUGGGAGUGUUCAGUAUGCUGUGUUUCUAAUAAUGCAGAAGACAAUAAGUGUGUGUCCUGUAUGUCUGAGAAACCAGGAAAUUCAGUACCUACUUCAAGUAGCAGCACUGUACCUGUGUCUCUGUCUUCUGGGGGCUCUCUAGGAUUGGAAAAGUUCAAGAAACCCGAGGGAAGCUGGGACUGUGAUGUGUGCCUAGUGCAAAAUAAGGCAGACUCUACCAAAUGUGUGGCUUGUGAAAGUGCAAAGCCAGGCACAAAAUCUGAAUUUAAAGGCUUAGACACAUCUUCCUCAUCUUCGAACCCAGUGGCCUCCUCAUCCUUCAAAUUUGGUAUCCCAUCAUCCUCUUCUGGGCCUUCUCAGACUUUAACAAGCACGGGAAAUUUUAAAUUUGGAGAUCAGGGAGGAUUCAAAAUAGGUGUGUCAUCUGAUUCUGGGUCUGUAAACCCUGUGAGUGAAGGCUUUAAAUUUUCUAAGCCAAUAGGAGAUUUUAAAUUUGGAGUUUCAUCUGAAUCUAAGCCUGAAGAAGUUAAAAAAGACAAUAAGAAUGAUAAUUUUAAGUUUGGACUUUCUUCUGGUUUAAGCAACCCAGUUUCUUUAACUCCAUUUCAAUUUGGGGUAUCUAAUCUUGGACAGCAAGAAAAGAAAGAGGAACUGCCCAAAUCUUCAUCUGCAGGUUUUAGCUUUGGUACAGGUGUUAUUAACCCCACCCCUGCUGCUGCUAACACCGUAGUGACCUCUGAGAACAAGAGCGGUUUCAACUUUGGAACCAUAGAAACCAAGAGUGCUUCAGUGGCUCCUUUCACUUGUAAGACAUCAGAAGCUAAAGAAGAAAUGCCUGCCACCAAAGGAGGGUUCACUUUUGGCAAUAUGGAACCUGCCUCUCCACCAUCUGCCACAGUGUUUGUUUUGGGAAGGACAGAAGAGAAACAGCAAGAGCCUGUCACUUCUACUUCCCUAGUUUUCGGGAAGAAAGCUGACAGUGAAGAGCCAAAGUGUCAACCAGUGUUUUCCUUUGGGAAUUCAGAGCAAACCAAAGAUGAGAAUUCUUCAAAGUCCACGUUUAGUUUUAGUAUGACAAAACCAUCUGAGAAGGAAUCUGAACAGCCAGCAAAAGCCACUUUUGCCUUUGGAGCUCAAACUAGUACUACAACUGAUCAAGGUGCAUCAAAGCCAGUUUUUAAUUUCUUGAACAACAAUUCCUCUAAUUCAAGUACACCAGCCACUUCUGCUGGUGGUGGCAUAUUUGGUAGUUCCACCUCUUCCUCCAAUCCACCUGUAGCUACCUUUGUGUUUGGACAGUCCAGCAAUACUGUGAGCAGCUCUGCCUUUGGUAACUCUGCUGAAUCCAGCACCUCUCAGUCGUUGCUUUUUUCUCAAGAUAGCAAAUUAGCAACCACAUCCAGCACAGGUACAGCUGUCACCCCCUUUGUCUUUGGUCCAGGAGCCAGCAGUAAUAGUACUGCCACCUCUGGUUUCAGCUUUGGAGCCACAACCACAUCUAGCUCUGCAGGAUCCUCCUUUGUAUUUGGAACUGGACCCUCAGCACCUUCUGCCAGUCCAGCAUUUGGUGCUAACCAGACCCCAACAUUUGGACAAAGUCAAGGUGCCAGCCAGCCUAAUCCCCCAGGCUUUGGAUCUAUAUCAUCUUCUACAGCAUUAUUUUCCACUGGUUCUCAGCCUGUACCGCCCACUUUUGGGACAGUGUCAAGCAGUAGCCAGCCUCCUGUGUUUGGACAACAACCUAGUCAGUCUGCAUUUGGCUCUGGAACAACUCCUAAUUCCAGUUCGGUUUUCCAGUUCGGCAGCAGCACUACAAAUUUCAACUUCACAAACAACAAUCCAUCAGGAGUGUUCACAUUUGGUGCAAAUUCUAGCACACCUGCAGCCUCAGCCCAGCCUUCAGGCUCGGGGGGCUUUCCGUUUAACCCGUCUCCAGCAUUUACAGUGGGGUCAAAUGGGAAAAAUAUGUUCUCAUCUUCUGGAACUUCAGUCCCUGGCCGCAAGAUAAAGACUGCUGUUAGACGCAGAAAAUAAAGGUCACAUUGGUGUUAUACGCAAUUUUAACAACAGCUGGUGCCCUGCUUUCAGAUACUGGAUUAUACUUUGUGCUGGGGUUAUCUGAAGUCAGACCUAAGGACUUCUUUAUUUUUGGAUUUUUCUUCCUUUCCCUUUCUUUACAGAAGCCCCACCCUGCUUCACCCACCCUCUUUUAAAAAAUAAUAGCUAGACUGGUGACUGAUUCUGCAGCAAAAAUAUUUUAUGAUCCAGCAGAUUAUUCACUGAUUUGACAUAGUCUGGCUGUUCCCGGGAAUGGAGCCUGCACGGCAAAUGGCUUUGUAUAGAACCUCUUUGUCUACACCAUUAUGUGCGCUGAUAAGCGUUUACAGAACGCGUUGAAAUUGUAAUUAUAUCUGAGGAAUUCUGUAUAGAUUAGAAUUCUGUAUAGAUUAGAGAAUGUUGAAACGAAUGAUUUCUAUGCUGAGUUUGUCCUGGUGUAUGUGUGAAGUGAGUGAGUUGGGUGUAUUGUGCACUAAACUUUUCUGAUAGAGGAAGCCUGAUUAAAGAAUGGUCCGUGCUAAGGACUUGUUAGAUCUAGUUCAUUCUCCAUUUAAUAAUUAUAUGCUAUUUCUAUAUUUUCAUUCUUUUAUCACCUGUCUUGCCUUUUUCAUUAUUUUAUUAUGAAACUUGUGUAAAUACAAUUUUGUUUCUGUACUUUUUUGGCAUAACAUAAAUCUGUGAACUUGAAAUUUGAAUUUUGUGUUAGAGAUUUUUUUGUUGUUUGUUUAGUCUUGUCUCAGAUUUUAUUAUGUAAAUCCCAUUAUUCAAAGUUGCCUAAAUCCAUUUGGAAAUCUUUAAAAAAAAAUUGGGGAUUCUUAAAGUUGAAUUUAUUGGCUUUUCUGAUCCAGUUUUGUUUGGACCAAAAACCAGUAUUGUACAAAGUAUUAAGCAUAUAUUUUUAUAUUUACUAAAAUGGACUGUGGUGACUUUGGAUAAUAAGGAAAAGUUUAAUAUUAAAGCCAUGUUUAUUACAGUAUAAUUAACAUAUUAAACCAUGGGAUAAAUGCCAUCAAUAAAAAAUUAUGACAUA